AUGGCAUUCUUAACUCAAAUACACUCACUUCCUACACUUAUCUCGGUUUACCCAAACGAGAAUGAUUUACCUUUAGAUCCUGAGAAUAUAAUUCACACCCCAACAACACCUGAACUUUUUAAUAAAACUACUCAACUCACAAUCUCCGUGAUAAGAGGUGGAAUAGCGGUUAAGGGAAGGUGUAUCGUCUCGAGUUCGGUCCUUUCAAUUAAUAUGCGCGGAACGAAAAAAGAACGAAAAACCGAGUGGAUUCAAAGCCCUAUUUUUUCUUUCACUGUAACACUCCCAGAUGGUUGUUACGACAUCCGCCUGGAAGAUGCCAAAACACGAGAAGUCUACUUGGAGAAAAAAGACUUAAUAGUUGGUCCAAGUUGUACCUUUAAUAUCUUCAAGACUUUAAAUGGAAUUUUAAUUAAAUUUGAUGAUAGAGGAUGUGGGACUGUAUGUGUCGUACCUAAAAGAGCCGAAAAGUUUGUGUUCUCCGAACAAAAAGUCUUUAAAGUGAUUAAAGGAACAAAGUCUCGAAUACUCAAGCUUGAUAAUAUUCCUCUGAACGGAGAGGUUAGGUUUUAUAAUAGAGACAUAGACAUAAAGUCUGGGAAGAUAGACGAAACGACUACCUAUCAAGGGUUCCAAGUAUUUGACCAAAAUUUCUGA